CGACACACGAGCGAUAAUAGUAAAUAAGCGGUUCGUGUGUGCGCGCUUGUUAUAUAGUUAUACCUUUAUAAUAAGUACAAUUACAUUUUUUUUUUGUCAACGGUUCAACAUUUGCUAAGCUAGUUUGUUUGGUUUACAUUCAAAACUAAAGUGUAUUCCUCGUAUUUUUAGUAUCCCUGUGUGGCGGCCUCUGGUGUUUGUCAUUCUCGUUUUUCGGCGCGUUUAGUUCUUAAAAGUGCGUAGGUGUGUGCAUGUGUGUGUGUGUGUCAACGCGUGUUUUUUUUGUUGUUUGCGGUUUGCUCCAGAAUUCCAAGUGCAUGCAAAAUAAUAAAACCACACAGUAAUGUUAUAUACAUAUAAAUUAAAUUGACGCCAAGAAAAUCAGCUAAAAAAGAAAUAAGAAAAACUUACAGUCAUAGGUAAAAAGAAAACACGGAGCAUUGAAACAGAAGUCAAACCAAAUAUAAUUAAAAAGAAAUCAAAUAGCAAACCAAAUAGAAGAAAAAAAAGCAGGCUGAAAAAGUCCAAAUAGAAAUAAUAAAUUAGAAAUUGUGACAAAAUAUUGUAACGAACAUAAAAAAGAGGGUAAAAUAGAAACAAAAAAAAAGAAGCGAAACGGUCUCAAUAUGAACAUAAUCAAUAAAUUCAGUAAUGCAUUCUGGAGUACGGACAUUUGGCUGCCGCCAAAUACAACAUGGGCGGAUAUUGCGCCGGGUUCGAAUCCAAAUGUGGUCUAUGCCGAUUAUCGGGAUUUAAUUUGGCCAAUUCCGUUGGCCGCUAUCAUUAUGCUGGUGCGUUACACAUUGGAGCGCUUUUGGAUAUCACCAGUCGGCAAAUCUUUGGGCAUACGUAGCUCUAGACCUAAGAAAGCGGCAAAUGUUCCUACAUUAGAGGCGGCAUAUGCCAAAUCAUCGCGUUUGGAUCACAAGUGGCUGGCUCCGCUGUCCAAACAGGCGGACAUGAGUGAACGCCAGAUUGAACGCUGGUGGCGUCUGCGUCGAGCUCAGGAUAAACCAUCGACAUUGGUGAAAUUCUGUGAGAACACCUGGCGAUGCAUCUAUUAUCUGUAUAGCUUUAUAUUCGGCGUGAUUGUGCUGUGGGAUAAGCCCUGGUUCUGGGAUGUCAAGAGCUGUUGGUAUGGUUAUCCUCAUCAGUCUGUUAGCAGUGAUGUCUGGUGGUAUUAUAUGAUAUCGAUGUCGUUUUAUUGGUCGCUAACUGGCACUCAAUUCUUUGAUGUGAAACGCAAGGAUUUCUGGCAAAUGUUUAUACAUCACAUGGUCACAUUGUUGCUAAUGUCCCUCAGUUGGGUGUGCAAUUUACAUCGCGUCGGUUCGCUCGUCCUGGUUGUUCACGAUUGUGCCGAUAUAUUCCUGGAGGCCGCCAAAUUGACCAAAUAUGCCAAUUAUCAGAAGGUCUGUGAUGCCAUAUUCGCCAUCUUCACCGUCGUUUGGAUUGUCACACGUCUGGGCUUUUAUCCUCGCAUUAUCUACAGCUCAUCUGUUGAAGCUCCACGCAUUCUGCCCAUGUUCCCAGCAUAUUACAUAUUUAAUACGCUGCUAUUGAUGCUUCUGGUGCUGCACGUGAUCUGGACUUAUAUGAUCCUCAAGAUUGUGAUCGACUCAUUGCAAAAGGGACUGAUGUCCGGCGAUAUACGCUCCAGUGAUAGUGAGGAUCUCACAGAUAGCUCAGGGAAUGUGCGUGUGGCCAAUGGAUCGACGCGCUCAAAGUCCAAGUCAGCAGGAACAGGAACAGGAUCAACAGGAGGAGGAGGAGGUGCCACCCAACGCAAGGUGAAUAAUCACACAUCUGAUGCAGCGACAGCAGCAACAAAGUAAAACACAACAACAACACAGCUGGAGGGGGAGAGGAAGAGAUAAAGAUGAAGCUGAGGAUGAGGAUGGAGAUGAGGAUGAAGAUGAGGAGCAGGAUUAAACAAACCGAGACCAGUAAAUGUGGAUUAACAACAACAACAACCAUCAACAGCGACAGCAACAGCAACAAAAA